AUGAAGUUUCUGUCUCUGGUAUGCCUGGCGAGCGGCAUUACUGCCAGCGUUGUCCGCCGUGACCUGGCCACCAUCACCAGUGUCCUCACCGAUGUUGGCACCGACCUUGAUGGCUUGAACACUGCUGCCAAAAACUUCAACGGAAACCCCGAUGAGCUUCUUGAUGCAUCCAACAAGGCCGUUCAGGGUCUCAAAGAUGGCGAUGCCAAGAUCCAGCCUCUACCCGAGCUGAGCCUGAACGAUGCCCUCGGUCUCACCGGCCCUGCCAAAGAGCUGCAGACCAAGGGUGACGCUCUUCUUGCUUCCAUCAAGGGAAGCAAGGAUGCCAUUGCCAAGGCCGACCUGUGCGAAGUCACCUUGCUUCAGGUCAGCGACCUCAAGACUGCCUCUGACGCCCUCAUCAAGUCUGUCGUCUCCAAAGUCCCCGCGGCUGCACAGUCCAUUGCUCAGGGUCUCGUCGCUCCUCUUCAGCAGGCUCUUGCCGAAGCCAAGGAUCUUUUCAGCUCCGCCAACUGCCAGAACAGCGGUGGCGGCGGCGGCGGCUCGUCCAGCCAGCCGACUUCUGCUCCCACUUCGACUGAGCCGCCUGCAACCACUUCGACGGAAGCGCCUGCGACUACCACGACAGAAGCGCCUGCAACCACAACGACGGAGCCGCCUGCGACCACUUCAGCCCCGACUGUUCCUGCCACUACGCCGACUGCCACCAUUCCCAUCACCACCCCCGGCCCUGGCAACGAGACUUGCCCUGCUGCUUCCACCGUCACCGUCACUGCGACCGACACCAAGGACUGCACUCCCACUCCUACUUGCACCAAGACUCCCCCUGUCACUGUCACAACCACCAAAAAGGCUUGCCCGACCGGAUCCAAGCUGCCGUGGUAA